GCAGUGACGUCUGCCCGGCUCGUCACUCUGCCCAGGCACCUCCGUGAUGACCGUGAACGCCACGGAUGCGGACGACGCAGUGAACACGGACAACGGCAUCGUCAGCUACUCCAUCGUCAGCCAGCAGCCACCCAGCCCACACCCCCAGAUGUUCACCAUUGACCCGGCCAGGGGCAUCAUCAGCGUGCUGGGCACAGGGCUGGACCGGGAGACCACUCCCAACUACACGCUGAUCGUCCAGGCCACGGACCAGGAGGGCAAGGGCCUGUCCAACACUGCCACGGCCAUCAUUGAGGUCACGGAUGCCAACGACAACAAUCCCAUCUUCAACCCCACCAUGUAUGAGGGGGUGGUGGACGAGAACAAGCCAGGGAUGGAGGUGGCCAGGCUGACCGUGACGGAUCGAGAUGCACCGGGCUCCCCAGCCUGGCAAGCAGUCUACCACAUCAAGAGUGGGGACCAGGAUGGUGCCUUCAGCAUUACCACCGACCCCAGCACCAACAAUGGCAUCCUGAGGACAGCCAAGGGCCUGGAUUAUGAGACCAAGAGCCGCUAUGACCUGGUAGUGACAGUGGAGAACAAAGUCCCACUGUCUGUGCCCAUCACACUCUCCACCGCCAGCGUCCUGGUGACCGUCAUGGACGUGAAUGAGCCCCCUGUCUUCGUGCCCCCCAUCAAGAGGGUGGGGGUAUCAGAGGACCUGCCAGUGGGGCACGAGGUUACAUCCUACACAGCCCAAGACCCCGACAGGGACAUGAGGCAGAAAAUCACGUACCGCAUGGGCAGUGACCCUGCAGGCUGGCUGGCCAUUGACCCCGUGAACGGCAUUGUCACGGCCGCCCAGCCACUGGACCGCGAGUCAGUGCACGCCAUCAACAGUACAUACAAGGCCAUCAUCCUGGCCGUGGACAAUGGGAUACCGGAUGCCACCGGUACGGGGACGCUGCUGCUGCUCCUCCAGGAUGUGAAUGACAACGCGCCCACCCCGGAGCCCCGGUCCUUCGAGAUCUGCAGCCGGCAGCCUGAGCAGCAGCUGCUGAGCAUUGUCGACAAGGACCUGCCCCCGCACACCUACCCCUUCAAGGCAGUACUGGAGCAUGGUUCUAGCAGCAACUGGACUGUUGAGAUGAGGGGCCAAGACAAGCUGGCCCUGAGCCUGAAGAAGGAGCUGGAGCCAGGUGAGUACGACAUCUUCCUGAAGCUAACAGACAGCCAGGGCAAGGCGCAGGUGACGCAGGUCAAAGCCCAGGUGUGUGAGUGCGAAGGGACAGCCAAGAACUGCGAGCGGAGGUCGUACAUCGUCGGUGGGCUGGGUGUCCCCGCCAUCCUGGGCAUCCUGGGGGGCAUCCUGGCCCUGCUGAUCCUGCUGCUGCUGCUGCUGUUGUUCGCCCGGCGACGCAAAGUGGAGAAGGAACCACUGCUGCCACCUGAGGAUGACAUGCGGGACAAUGUCUACAACUACGAUGAGGAGGGCGGCGGUGAGGAGGACCAGGACUACGACCUGAGCCAGCUGCACCGCGGCCUGGACGCCCGCCCCGAGGUGAUCCGCAAUGACGUGGCCCCCCCGCUGAUGGCCGCCCCCCAGUACCGGCCCCGGCCCGCCAACCCUGAUGAGAUCGGAAACUUCAUCGACGAGAACCUGAAGGCAGCCGACACGGACCCCACGGCCCCCCCCUACGACUCGCUGCUGGUGUUCGACUACGAGGGCGGGGGCUCGGAGGCCACCUCGCUCAGCUCCCUCAACUCGUCUGCGUCCGACCAGGACCAGGACUAUGACUACCUCAACGAGUGGGGCAACCGCUUCAAGAAGCUGGCGGAGCUCUAUGGCGGCGGGGAGGACGAUGACUAGGCAGCCCUUGUCCCCUUGGCUGGCCCACCGUGUGGCUCUUGCCAUUUCACCCCCUCGGACAUGCACUGGCCCUUGCAGCCAAAGCCCCCUCCAACACCGUUGGAUCCAUCACUCGCGUCCCUCCCCUUCGGUGCAGGGAGAGCUCAGGGUCGCCGGGGCUGGAGGCUUUUGGGGAGCCCACACUUUUCCUGCCCCCUCGGCUCCAUACAGGCCACAGUCCCAUUUGGGGUUCCUUGGAAGUGAGGUGCUCCUGGGUCAGCUCCCAGUGCCCAAAUCCCACAGCCCCCACCGCGUGGUUGUCGGCUUGUGCUCAGCAUCUCUCCCCCUGCAAGGAAAGAGGCCACCACUGCCUCUCUCCCUUUGCUGCAGAGGAAAGGGUUUCUCCGGCGCUCUCCAGAAUACCUCGUGCUCCCAGCCCCGACAUCACCGCCACGCUCAGGGACCAGGACAGCCCCUCACAGCCCGGCGCCGGCCUUUGUGUGGAGCUGCUCGUGCGUGUGCGACGUGGGGUGGGUGAUUAAUCACACAGACAAAUGAUGUGCCAUUCUCUUUGCAUGAUACACAAGAGAAUAAUAUUUGAUAUAGUACUUACGGGCAGAUUUCUAUUUUUUUGUAUAACAGGUGAUGAUGUUAUUUCCAUCUGUGUUAUUUGUAAUUAUUGUAAUUAUUGUUCUGUUAAUGAGAGGUGCUUUCUGAAAUCAAAUGGCUUUACUUAAACUCUGAACUCCGCAUCUAACUGUUGUUUUAUAUUUUUAAUAUGGGAAAAGGGUCCGAUGCACACUGGAAGACCAGCGAUUGCCUAGUUUUAAUUGAUGGUAUGAUUUUUAUAUAAAAUUGAAAGAAUAAAUUCUAAGAAAACCAGCA